AUGAUCACUCUUCAGGCAGUGACGAAAGAUGAGAAUGAGAGAAACGUUGCUUCGUUGAGAACUCAGGGAGAUGCAGGCAAGCGAUCCUUGGACAAGAUUGCAAAAAUGCGGGAACUUACGAGAAGAGCCGUCUUGAUGGUCCGUCGGCACAGGGAAGCCAUUGUAGUUGUAGGAGGUUAUCGCUCAUAUGAUGGCAGUUGCAAGCCACAUGAGAUGCAAGUGAAGAACGAAAGGGGAUGGUGGAAUGUGAGCUACGAUGUGUAUGAAGGCAAGACGAAACGAGACAGGUCCGUGUCACGUUCAAUGUCGUCUCCAAGCAAGAGGGCAAAGACGCCUUGCCCUCAAGCCGAAGGCCUGCCCAAACAACGCAAUGAGGCAGAACCAGAAGCUUCGUUGGCGGAAAUAGUCAACAACCCAGAAACGAAGAUUCAGUUACAGAGUCAAGCUGAAGGCGUAGACGACGCCACCUCUUUCGAGCUCGACGAUGAGGAUUUCGAUUGUUGCUUUCACUGUAGCGAAUAA